AUGGCGCCAGCAGCUGUUACUAUAUAUAAUGCCCAACAGGCUAAGCGUAACAUGGAUCUCAGGUAUAAAACACAGGAGAGAAAACCCAAGUAUUCAGUUCGUGACAUAGUGCGUAUAAGCAAAACAAAAGGCACCUUCGAGAAAGGUUAUGAGGCUAAUUGGUCAGAGGAAGUUUUUAAAAUUAUCAAAGUAUUAAAACAUAGAAAGCCACCUGUAUACGAGCUCGAGGAUUUAAAUGGUGAGUUCAUAGACGGUAUAUUUUAUGAGGAAGAACUCACAGUCAUAGAAAAAGAUUUAACCAACACAGAAUACAAAAUAGAUAAAAUUAUUAAAUCAAGUGGUGAAGGUAAAAAGAAAAAAUAUUUUGUUAGCUGGGUUGGCUACCCUAGUAAAUUUAAUUCUUGGAUACCUGCUAAAGAUAUCAAAAAAAUCUAA